CUUCAUCGAGUGACUGAACCGCUUACUUAGUGGUACCAAUUGGCAUUUCUCAUCAGAUAUAUCAUGGACGUUACAUUAGCUUGGACGAGAAUAAGGAGAAUCCAAUCGGCCUUAUAUAUGCUUGUCAGCUUACGACUUACCGCUGUACAUUUUCCCGAUUCAGCGACCGUGUCAGACGGCGACCGCUUCACUUUUAUAAUAGUUGGAGGAGGGACUGCAGGUUGCGUACUUGCGAACCGACUCUCAGAGUGGAGUCGGUUCAACGUGCUGCUCAUCGAGGCUGGUGGUGACCCACCUUAUGAGUCCAUGCUUCCAGGAUUAGUCGGCUACCUUCCAAAAACGCCAUAUGACUGGAACUUUACAAACCAAUACGAGAAAAAACGAGACAUAUACCAAAACGAUAAAGAACUCUACAACUACGAAACGCAACGGACGUUGUCACUAACACAAGGCAAAAUGUUGGGUGGGUCCAGUGGCAACAAUUUCAUGAUUUAUACUAGAGGACAUCCUCACGAUUACAACUCUUGGGCAGAAAAUCUCAAAGAUUCGUCCUGGAAAUACGAAAAUGUAUUACCAUACUUCAAGAAGAGUGAACAUUUAAGCGAUCUUGGGAUUCUUGAAUCUAAAUACGGGGAAUUCCACGGAACUACAGGCUAUUUACAUAUCUCCAGAGCCAAGGAUCCUAAAAUUAAAGAAUAUGCUGGUAUGUUUCACGAAUUGGGACAUAAAAAUCGCAUUGAUUUCAAUAGCCAUGAAACUCUAGGAUUUGGUGAAGCUACUUUUGCUAUUUACAAAGGAGUUCGACAGAGUACUGCUUAUAGUUUCCUCAAGCCAGUUAAAUAUCGACAUAAUUUGCACGUGCUUAAGAAUACACUGGUUACCAGAAUCCUAUUUGAUAAAUAUAGUCAUGCUAUAGGAGUAGAAGCUUUGACUAAAGACAGAGAAUUAAUCAAUAUAAUGGCAGAUAAGGAAGUAAUAAUAACUGCUGGGGCAUUUAACACACCCAAGUUACUUCUGCUCUCUGGCAUCGGUCCCAAAGUAGACUUGAAAAAUUUAGGUAUAGAGUUAAUUUCUGAUCUACCAGUUGGACAAAAUUUUAAAGAACAUCCACCAGUGUUAGUUGCAUACAAAAUGAAAUUGUCUAGUGACGUAAAACCAACAAAUUACGGAAAAUAUCCCUUUCCUACUUUAAUAGGUUUCAUAGCACUUAACAAAUCUGAAAAUUAUCCAGAUACUCAGUCUAUAUGUUACAUAAUUUCUAAUGAUCCGGAUGCUGCGUUAUCAUUAUGCUCUUUUAAUUUUGGUCUUAGUAAUGAUACAUGCCAAGCCCUUUACGAAGCUGGUAAAGGGACAGAGAUAUUAUUUUGUAUACAAAUUCUGCUGCACCCCAAAUCAAGUGGCACUAUCAAACUCCGAAGUGCAAAUCCUGAAGAUGAUCCUUUAAUCUAUCUAAGAACUUACUCAGAGAAGCAAGAUGUAGAAAAUAUGGUAGACGCUUGUAGAGAGUUGGGUAGAAUCAGGGUUUCAAGGUAUUAUAAGAGUGUUUAUGGUGAGGUGCUUGAUCUUAGACAACCUAAAUGUUCAGGGUUGAUAUAUGGGUCUAGGGGAUACUGGCGUUGUCAGACGUUAAGCACGCGAUGGUCGAGUUGGCACUACAGCAGCUCAUGCGCCAUGGGCCGUGUCGUGGAUUCCAAUCUGCGUGUGAUUGGCGUGCAACGACUGCGCGUGGCGGACAGCUCCGCUAUGCCCAGCAUUCCUCGUUCAAACAUUAUGGGACCCGUCAUUAUGAUCGCGGAGAAGGCUGCUGACAUGAUUAAGGCAGAUCAUUCUAGUACCUAAUUAAAAGCAAAACUAGAAAACUAGAUUUCUAU